AGUAAGAAUUAUUUAAUUUUUUACUUUUUUUGUACUUUCAAAUUACGACUUUUCAAUGGAAGCAUCGUUAAACCGAAUUAUUGCUACAUAAUGGGUUGGUUAAAAGUUAAUUUGAUAAAACUAAUUGGUAUUUUAGCUAAAGAUAAUCAAUUUUAUUUAUAAACGACAGCAUUUGUAAGAAUUUACUACAAUAGCAAUUGGCCCUUAUCUCAAUUUGCAAAAAAGAGAUUGUCAAUCACUCAAUGCAAAAUAGAGUUAUUCAUGACUACUCGAAUGUGAUGAUUUCUCCUAAUUCACUUCUCUUUUCGACUUUCGUUAAUUACGAAAAUGAAAAUCAGGGCUCGACUUUGGGUCAGCUGUUCUCGUGGCCUAUUCAUUUGCUGUCCUCAAUCUACUUUUGGCUCACCUUCGAACUCAGGCAAAUACUCGAGGAGAAAAUUAACGUUCCUUCAUCGUCGGACGACUCCUCGAAGUUCCUAUCGAGCGUUGCUUCGUUCGUCCUUGGGCUCAUCCUUGUCAAGAACUACGGCGAUUCGUUCGACAACAUGAUCUCCAUGUGUCUCGGUAGUUGGGGCAGCGUGACACGUGACUUCUUCAACCUAAUUACAAGUUUGAGCUUUGACAACAUUGAGCGUGUGGCGAUAAUAUGCGUCGUUAUCAUAUUUUGGAUCGGGGCCUUCAGGAUCGUCUCUAAUGUUAUAAAGAAGUUCACCGAGGCAAAGAAAACUUGUUCGUUUGAGCAUACCCAAUAAUCUCUUUUAUUCUUUAUA